CUCAAAUUCUAUCUUCCUUCAUUGCAUCUUUGAGUUCGCCGGAAUCCCGUUGGGAGCGAAGAACGUAACCGUUCUAUCCUGGGAGACGCUUGCUACGUGUGUCGGGCUAAAACGUCUUAGGAGACAACACUUUUGUUGGGCUCGGUUGAUACAAUUUUGCAGAGUACCCGGUGGCCUUGUGAAAAUAUGAAAUAGAAGUUUGAAAUUGGCAAAAUCAAUGUCCAAAAUCAGAAAAGAAGAAGAAGAAGAGGAGGAGGAAGAAGAAAUCUCUGGCGGUGGUGUCCGAUGAAGUCAGCCGGAGCAGCGUGAAUUCGAAAAUGAUGGAUCUGGUGCGUCGGCGACAGUGAAGUCGAUUAGCGGCGGUGGUGAUGGCCCAGUCGAUCGAUAAGAAUCGUGAAGAGGAGAGGGGCAUCGGCGAAGUUUGUUUGUGCGCAUGGGAAUUUAAAAGGAAGGACAAUUUGGUCAAACCAGGUAUAUAUAACUUGGGGAAUCAGUAUGAUGCCAAUGAGGAGAAGCGGCUAGAGUUAAUGUUGUCAACUUGUCAUGUAGAUGAAGAAGACACUGUAUUCAAUGCACCUAAAGUUUGGGGCUUUUUAGAACCUGCACGUGAUAUUGUGUUCCAUACAUGAGGAAGCCUGGAACUAUGUUAGCAAGUAGGAACAACAGCAAAAUACUAUUUUCUACUCUCUCACCAAUCCCUCCCACAGGUAUCUGGAAUUCCUAUAUACUAUUAGUAGCUGAGUGGAUAUACAUUUUGGCAAGAAAGGCCUUGAGAUGAAGUGUUUUCUAUUACAACAGUUAUCAGUGUUCUUUCCUUUCAUGUUGAAUGGAAACCAAGCAAAUCUGAGCUUCUCCCUUUAAGCAUUUAAAUUUCACGCAGUUGCAACUCCGGCGUUAAAUCUUUAGUUUGCUAUAAGAUUUGUAGAAUUUCAUGUGCUGUGUAUCUGGAAAGUGAUGAAGUGCUGACUGAAAAUUGCAUUAGUCACCAUUGUAAAAAGUGUUAUAUACUCCGUAUAUUGAGGUUCAUGGUUAGCCUAGUAGUGGGUAAUCUCCUUGCUUGAGUAUUUGGUCUGGUUUGAUUCCUAUCUAUCAUUGAGGAGAAAUACAUUGUGUGUUGAUCAUGGUUAGCCUAGUAGUGGGUUAAUCCCCUUGCUUGAGUAGUUGGUUUGGUCUGAUCCCUAUCUUUUCAUAGCGCGCGCACACACAUUGUGUGUUAAACACGACUAGAUUUCCUGUCAAUGGCUAUGGUUAUUUAUGUUGAAGCUAUUUUUAUUAUUUUUAUUGUGUUAUUUUGAACAUGCAGGUAUGCAAAAUUUGUGGAGCACGGGUGGGGAUGGAUUUGGUUGGCCAUAUAACUAUGCAACACGGAAGUCUUCUAAGAAAAAGGAGAUGUAAAAGAGGCUCUAAUUCAACAGAUACUAUUCUAAGGAAGGAGCUACAGGAAGGAAACAUGACAUCUUUCCAUAAGGGUUCCUCACGUGUAGUUUCAUCGACUACAGAAGCUGACCCUAUGCUAUCAUCUUUUAUGUACAAUCCACCUGUGGCUGAUGAAACUCCUGAUGCUCAACCAUGUUUUUCCGCCGGGGAGUCCUCAAUGAAGGAGAGCUCACAUGAUGACUUUCUGGAAAGAAAUGGCGUACCAUCUCAUGUUUCUGAGGACCAAGAAGAGAAUGCAGAGAGAUGUGAAUUUGUUCAAUCUCUUAUGUUGUCUACUUUUUUUAAAAGCGUCUAAGCAAAUAUACAGUUGUUAUGCGGUCAAGGAGAGAGCAAUGGUGUGAGGCAGUGAGCUGAGUGAGGGCAUGACCGCAUGAAGCGGAUCACAUAUGUAAAUUGUACCGUAGUAAUAGCCAAUUUAGUCUUUAUAUUUCAUUAAUGUGUGUAUGAAUGAAUGGCUUGAUACACAUGUAUAUGAUGUAUUCAAGUCCUGCAAACUACUGCUAAUAAAAAAAUAAUUGUAUCUAACAAAUAAAAACCAACAACCCAACUUAUUAUAGGGAUAGGUAUGUUAUCUAUACCCUCUGUUCUUUAAUCAGUCUUAUUAUAUAAGUAGUAUAAAA